AUGAAUUACAGUAUUACAGUUUCAAUAGUCAUGGGCAUUCCCACAGUGAAGAGAGAAGUUAAAUCUUACCUCAUAGAAACUCUUCAUUCCCUUAUUGAUAACCUGUAUCCUGAAGAGAAGUUGGACUGUGUUAUAGUAGUCUUCAUAGGAGAGACAGAUAUUGAUUAUGUACAUGGUGUUGUAGCCAACCUGGAGAAAGAAUUUUCUAAAGAAAUCAGUUCUGGCUUGGUGGAAGUCAUAUCACCCCCUGAAAGCUAUUAUCCUGACUUGACAAACCUAAAGGAGACAUUUGGAGACUCCAAAGAAAGAGUAAGAUGGAGAACAAAGCAAAACCUAGAUUACUGUUUUCUAAUGAUGUAUGCUCAAGAAAAGGGCAUAUAUUACAUUCAGCUUGAAGAUGAUAUUAUUGUCAAACAAAAUUAUUUUAAUACCAUAAAAAAUUUUGCACUUCAACUUUCUUCUGAGGAAUGGAUGAUUCUAGAGUUUUCCCAGCUGGGCUUCAUUGGUAAAAUGUUUCAAGCACCGGAUCUUACUCUGAUUGUAGAAUUCAUAUUCAUGUUUUACAAGGAGAAACCCAUUGAUUGGCUCCUGGACCAUAUUCUCUGGGUGAAAGUCUGCAACCCUGAAAAAGAUGCAAAACAUUGUGAUAGACAGAAAGCAAAUCUGCGAAUUCGCUUCAGACCUUCCCUUUUCCAACAUGUUGGUCUGCACUCAUCACUGUCAGGAAAAAUCCAAAAACUCACGGAUAAAGAUUACAUGAAACCGUUACUUCUUAAAAUCCAUGUAAACCCACCUGCAGAGGUAUCUACUUCCUUGAAGGUCUACCAAGGGCAUACGCUGGAGAAAACUUACAUGGGAGAGGAUUUCUUCUGGGCUAUCACGCCGAUAGCUGGAGACUACAUCUUGUUUAAAUUUGAUAAACCAGUCAAUGUAGAAAGUUAUUUGUUCCAUAGCGGCAACCAAGAACAUCCUGGAGAUAUUCUGCUAAACACAACUGUGGAAGUUUUGCCUUUCAAGAGUGAAGGUUUGGAAAUAAGCAAAGAAACCAAAGACAAACGAUUAGAAGAUGGCUAUUUCAGAAUAGGAAAAUUUGAGAAUGGUGUUGCAGAAGGAAUGGUGGAUCCACGUCUCAAUCCCAUUUCAGCCUUUCGACUUUCAGUUAUUCAGAAUUCUGCUGUUUGGGCCAUUCUUAAUGAGCAGAGAGUUUUCUCAGGCUGGUGGCAGAAGGCACCAUUGCUGUUUUAAGGUAGAGGGGGCUGCAUGAGAAGGAAUGCACGUGGCUUUAAGGAGCUGAGAGAGGCCUUGGCUAACAGCAAAGGAGCUGGGAACUGCAGUCCUACAGCCACGGGAACUGAAUUCAGCCCAUAAGCUCAUUCAUGGGCUUGGAAAGGCAUUCAUCUCCAGUCUCCAGAUAAGACCCAGCCUGGCCAACACUUUGAGUCCAGCCUUGUGAGACCCUAAGCCGAGAACUCAGUUAAGCCUGCUUGGACUUCUGACCUACAGAACUACGAGAUAAUAAAUCAGUGGUGUUUUAAGCUGCUAAGUUUGUGGCAAUUUAUGUAAGAAUAGGAAAUGAAUACGGUAUUUUAAAAGAGGUAAAGAGGAAAUCUUCAUACUUGAUUCCUUGUAGUAGGCUAUUUCUUGGUAAAUGCAUGAAUAAAGUCUUUAGUAGCAAGUCAUGUACCUGGACCUCGUUGGGGAUGUUCUCGCCAGAGAUCUCAAUUAGUCUUCAUUGGAUGUUUGUUGGCAAAGUUGCAGCAUCUUACUGAGUAGCGUUUUGUAAAGGAACUGCUAGAAUGAGACUAUAGGAAUAGGACUGAAACAGUGUAUAAGGGAUCUUUUUUAUUUCUAGAAGAGGUGUUACUUUAUAUUUAGACUGCUCUGAGCCUGUCAGAAGUAAAUUCAAGAAUGAUUAACAGUGGUAUUUUAGAUACAACACUAAGAGCAAAAAUAACCUUUGCCUUGUAGAGAUCAGAUCAUCUGUGUAUCGAGGGACUUAAUUUUUUUUAACCAAAACUUAGUUUUUUUAUCAUCUAGCACAGAUCAAAUCCUUUAUGAGCCAGCCAAAUGUUUGUAGUUUGAGAAUGUUUUGCAAAUACCUCUCUGCUUCCAAGCCAUUAAUUGCUAAUGAAGUUUUAUUUUGGUUUGUCCAUUAAUUUUUGUGCUUAUUUUUACUGUAUUGCCAUGGCCUUGAUACAAGUAGAACUAAAAGAAAAUGAGAGGUUAAGACUGUCAAAAGAUGAGAAAUGUGAGUCAUAAUCAUACGUUAGUGUUUUUAAGGGAACUUUAUCCAAUCCAAUCCCUUUAUAGAAAAGGAACUUUUCCAAGCUAUGUCGCAGUAUUUAUAGUGUGUAAAAUUGUUUGACUUUGGUAGUUGUGCAUUUUAAAUUAUGAAUCUUAUAUGCUAUGAUAACUAGUAUGCUUACUUUCUUUAAUGCAUGUGAUCAUACAAUGCUACAAAGGUAUUUUUUAAAGACCCAACCAAACUGAGGAUUUUGUUAUACAUAUCUGUAUCAACACCUAUAUAUAAACUCCUCUCUUCUUACCUGAAACACCCCUUCACCCGGUUUGGGCACUAACUAGAUCAUUUUCAAAGGAACAAACAGGAAGGAGCAAGCUGGCACUCCAGAGUGCAUCUGAGCUGAGAAUUUAGAAGACCUUAUUCAAGAAAGUAAACUGAGCAUUGAUGGGAAAGCACUUUGCGCGAAGUAUCAUUCCCACUGUUAAUGUUGCAGUCAAAAUUGUAAAAAAAAAAAAAAAAAAAAGUGGUGCUAAAAUUGUUCUAAAAUGAAGAUUGUUUAUUGUGGGGAAUAUUUUAAUACUCUUGAACUUUAGGGAGGCUAUUUUAUGUGUCACUUGCUCCUAGUUGUUUCAUUGUAUUAGUAAUUAGCAAACUGUCCUGGAACCAAGGGUUUGGUACUUUUGCUUGAUUAGCAUGCCGUUAUUUAUUUGAAAUGCUCAGUGUUUGCUCAAAUUUGGUGAAAGUAUCUUUUGAAGACAUAUUCUCUGAGCCUUAAAAAUGGCUGCUAUCGACAGUACUGUAAGAUGCACUGCCAGUAGAUUUGAUACUUUUCAUUUCAGUGUAGGCAGUAAUGUUUUCUAAGAAAGAUUUAGAAAUCAGCGAAGUGUAACAAUUGUGUUUCAUUUAUGGAAUGAAAAAACUAAAGUGUCCCAUUCAGAACACUUUGGAAAGGUUGUCUGCUUAGGGGAUGUUUCUGGAAGCAUCCCUUAGAGAAGCUGCCUGAGGAAUCUCCUUGCCAGGUUGUACCAGAUUUUUUUUUCCUUAAAUGUAUCGUAUAUAUUUUCCUUAAAAUGUCUUCAUUGGCUGAAUGAUUCAUAUCUGUAGUAAUAUUUUAGGUACUUGUUGGAUUUUUAAAGGAAGAUUAUUUAUUUAUUUUCAGAUUUGCUGCUAUAAUUGAAAACCUAGUAACUGGUCCUGUUGAUUGUGCCUUCAUCACUGUUUCUCUGUGCCACGACCGUUCAUGUGUAUUUGAAAUAAGUUUAAAAAGCCAUGUUGAAUUCAAGAUUCCUUCUAAUAAAAAUAGGUGAAACUUAA